UCGAUCUUUGCUUCCCUAUAAGUACCACUCGUGUCCCAUCUUCUCAAAUCAUCAACACAAGCAGCUUAGCCAGCUAGCUAGCGAGUGCCAUCGUUUGCAAAGCGCGUGCAACGCGUAGACAUCGGCUAAGGAGGUCGGGGAUGGCGCGGCAUCAUUGGAGCAGCGGCCUCGCGCUCGCCGUCGCGGCGCUCGCCGUGCUGUCCGUGCUCUGCUCCGGGCACCCGGUGCCGGGCGGGCACGGCGGCUUCGUCCCGCUGCAGCCGCGUUUCUACGACCACACGUGCCCGCAGAUGCAGGCCAUCGUGGGGGCCAUCGUGGCGAAGGCGCACGCGGAGGACCCGCGCAUGGCGGCGUCCCUGCUCCGGAUGCACUUCCACGACUGCUUCGUGCAGGGCUGCGACGCGUCCGUGCUGCUCGACGCCGACGGCAGUGGCAGGUUCACCACGGAGAAGCGGUCCAACCCGAACAAGGACUCGCUCAGAGGGUACGAGGUCAUUGACGAGAUCAAGGCCGCGCUGGAGCACGCCUGCCCCCACACCGUCUCCUGCGCCGACAUCGUCGCCGUCGCCGCCAGGGACUCCACCGUCCUGACUGGCGGACCCGGCUGGGAUGUGCCACUCGGGAGGAGGGACUCGCUGACGGCGAGCCUAAGCGGCUCCAACAACCUCAUCCCCGCUCCCAACGACACACUCCCCACCAUCAUCGGCAAGUUCGCCAACCAAGGCCUCGACAUCGUCGACCUCGUCGCUCUGUCAGGCGCUCACACCAUCGGUGACUCGCGGUGUGUCAGCUUCCGGCAGCGUCUGUACGGCCAGAACAACAACGGGCAGGUGGACCGGACGCUGAGCCCCGGGUACGCGGCCGAGCUGCGCGCGCGGUGCCCCCGGUCGGGCGGCGACCAGAAUCUGUUCGCGCUGGACCCGGUCACCCAGUUCCGGUUCGACAACCAGUACUACCGCAACAUCCUGGCCAUGGACGGGCUGCUCAGCUCCGACGAGAUCCUGCUCACGCAGGGGCGCGAGACCAUGGAGCUCGUCCAUCGCUUCGCCGCCAGCCAGGGGCUCUUCUUCGAGCAGUUCGCCAAGUCCAUGGUGAAGAUGGGCAACAUCUCGCCGCUCACCGGGUACGCCGGCGAGAUCAGGAAGAACUGCAGGAGGGUCAGCCACUUCUAGGAAGGACUCGGAGGAUUGGUGAUUUGCUGUGUUCUUGCUUUCUCGAUGUUUCAUACCUCCAUCACUCGUUGCCUCUGGUUCUCUCGUGCUUGUGUGAGGUCUCAUGCAUUUCAGUAAAAGUGUGCAGUGAAUGGUUGUGACUGUGCUUUGGUUUACUCGUUUGUUGAUUCGUCGUUGUGUGUAAUUUGCUAUUCGUGUACCAAGAAAUGAUCCAAUAAAAGUCAAUUUAUUUCUGUCACUUUUUUACU